GAAGUGCAACUGAAUUAAUAAAUUGUGAUUUUAAGCGAAUUUAUUUCAGCGUUCACUCUAAGGAUUCCUUAAUAAAUAGAGGAAUGUCUGAGAGGAACAAUAAAAUCUCAUUUCCAACUUCAACUCAAAAAGAUCUCUCGAUGGCAUCGAUAUGUGCGCCGACGGCCACCACAACAGUCACCAAAACUAUACCCAACAACGGAUUGUUGUGUCCGCCAGACAUAAAGCCACGAAAAUACAGUCUUCCGCUCAUUAACCCAAACCAGAUCUCUCCCAACGAUUACCUGGAAAGUUGUCAAUUGAGGAAAUCAUUCCCGUCGACAAUACUGGACAGUCUGGACCUGCCGUCACAAAAGCGCCGCUUAUCUCAGGUGGGAAUAGCUGUUAGCAAUCGGUUGUCGACAACGAUUGGUGUGAAGCUGUUGUUGAGUCACAACCAUAUCGUGAAAGAGUCAAAGUGUUUGUGUUCGCGAUUUAUUAGACUUAAGCUCAGGAAACGAGGUCUCGUCCACAAACGGCUCAAUCUUCACCGACUCAAGAGUUUAUGCAAUAUUCGAGUCGAUUCUCGCACUAGUCUUGUGGCCAACGAAUUGAAGUAUUUGGUGAAUGAAUUGGAGAGAAGUUAUCCCAAGUUGUUCUCCAGUGUUCUCAAUAAUAUCACUACAAAUUCGUUCAAAUCUGUGAAUGAGAUUCAAUCGAUUCUUCAAUUGAUAUCUCAAGAAUUGUUCCGAAACGACAUAACGUGGGCCCGAAUCGCAGCCCUUUAUGCCAUAACGGGAGCGCUGGCGGUCGACAGCGUACAAGUGGGUCAUCCGGAGUACAUAAUGCCAAUUAUCGACACAUUUACCGCUUUCAUUGAUCGCGACAUCGCAGGUUGGAUCGCACAACAGGGCGGUUGG